ACUAACUGACUGAGUUUGGGAUAACGAAUAGGUAUUUUUCUUAAAUUAUGUUUAUUAAAAAAAACCUUAUUGACUUUCUUAAAACACCUUGUUUCUCAAAAACAUUUUUAAUUGAAUAAGGAGUUGGUUUAACUAGUGUACAAGCGAUGUAUGUGUAAUUCGUUCUUGGACUAAGUAUAAAUUUAUCCGUUAUGGUAUCAGCAAUCAAGUUAAACAAAACGUAAUUAAGUUGUAAACAGAGAGGGGAAUUAAUAUUAACUUUGAUGCUGGACUUGAUAUAGCUAUAUAAUAAAAAUAGCCUUUAUUUAAACUAUAGUUUUACAAGAUAUUCAUAAAUCAUAAGUUAUAAUUGUGUGUCUUUUGACAAAGGCCUUCAACCUCUUCCACGUCUCUCUGUUAUGUCCAGGUAGAUCUCUAUUUCGUCUACCCACCUUUUGUAGGGUUUAUCUCCUACUGGACAAGCUUCUGGCGUACCAGUGUGUACGGUUGUCGACCAUGCGUCUCUUCCUCUAAUUUUAUGAUCUGCCCAUCUGCAUUUUAGUGUGAAACUAUCAAUAAAAAAGACAGAUAUACCUAUUUAGUAAAUAUUAUAUAUUAAGUCUCGUCCACCAUGUUGAUUUACCUGUCUUCCCCCAGCGGAUUCUCCAUUAAAGAAAUUUAAUUAAGAAUAAUGUCUAGAAAAGACUACAAAUUAAAUUUUAUUUAUAAUACAAUGUAAAUUUUAAAAGAUAAUUGGAAUGUAACAUCCGAAACCAUCAUUUGAAAUUUUCACACCAAUGUGAGAAUAAAUUUCACUCUGCCGACCAUCAUCGAUAAUUAUAAGCCCAAAAAUGAACAGCUCUGACUACGUUUGUGACUAUUGCAGCAGAUCAUUCACCAGGAAAUACAAUCUUCAAACUCACAUUGAAAAUUGUCACCUGAACUCGUCCUGCUAUUGUGAAAUAUGCCACCUUACAUUCGGCAGCCCGUCCGGUUUGAGCCUGCAUUUGUACCGUGGCCAUAACAGAUUCAGCCAACCGUACCCCGAAUGCGAUUUAUGCGGGCGUAUCUUCACGAGAAAACAAAAUAUUGUAUCACACAUGAUGACUGUACAUUUACAAGGCUUAGGAGCUGAAAUAAAAUGCCAGUUCUGCCAAAAAGUAUUCACAACGGAACGUAAUUUGAAGAGGCAUAUAAAUGUUCUGCACAAUUCCACAUCGAUUAGCUGUGGUAUAUGCCACAAAGUUUUCAGAGAACGCAAGAGGCUGAAUGAACAUAUGAACACUCAUUACGUUAAGAGUGUGCAGUGUAGCUUGUGCGAUAAGGCGUAUACUAGCAACGCGAACUUGAAGAGGCAUGUGGAAAUGUAUCACGGGGAGAAAGAGGAAUUCCGCUGCAACAUGUGCCCUAAGAUUUACACUUCAAAUCAGAGCCUGAGAAGGCACAUCAGAACGCGACACCAAUCUGAGAGCAAUGACGCGUACGCAUGUGAUUUUUGUGAAUUCAGCGCGAUAGGCAAAGACAAUCUUAACGCACACAUGUCCAACUGUCACAACGAUGCGCACGAGUCUGAAAAUAUCAACGUUUGUCAAACUUGCGGCUGCACGUUUGAUACAGAAUCAGUUUUGCGGCAACACAUCAAAACGGAACAUCCAUUUGACGUUUUCUACAAAUAUUGCAGAGAGUCCUUACUGAAGGACGUGGGCAAGCGUCACAAGCAAGUUUUUUUAAAUUGUGAAUAUUGUGACAAUAAUUAUAACAACAUAUACGAGUUGAAACACCAUUUGAGAACAGUACAUGAUAAAGAAUACAGUCUCACCACUUGCAAUGUGUGUUUUGGCAAGUUUUACACGCAAGAAACAAUAAACGCGCACAGACAGACCUGCAUUCCGCCGCCGAACGUGAACUCUUGUUCGCAUUGCGAUAAAUUAUUCACCGACAUAUCCAGUUUGGAGUUUCAUAUAAGGAUUUUCCAUCCGCAAGCACAAAUCGCCGAUUCGAAUAUUACAUCCACGAAAGAUGACGCCCUGGAAGGCAAUUACAAAUGCGAUCAAUGCGAAAGAGUGUAUUACAGUGACAGGUCAUUGAAACACCACGUUAAAUUGAGACACUCGACGGGGGAGGCGGUGGAGUGUGAUAUAUGCUCGAAAGUGUUUAAUAAUAAAUAUUAUCUCGCGUUCCACAAGAAGAACGUGCAUAGCCAUGUCGCGUGGUCCAAAUGUGACUAUUGCGACAAACAGUUCAAAUCGAAGCGUUAUAUUCGACGGCACAUAAAAUAUACUCAUUUAGGAAUGCAAAGAUAUAAAUGUAUUGAAUGCGAGACACUGUUUAAAGAGAAAAAAAGUCUGCGCAAACAUGUCAGAUCUAAGCAUCCGAAUUCAACGGCGUUCCAACAGUGUCACAUUUGCCACAAGAGAUUCGAAUCUGCCAAAUCGUGUAAGAUACAUUUGAAAUUGCUUCAUUCGUUCAAUAUGAACACGUUCCCUUGCGAUUUGUGCCCCGUGUCGUUCAGUUCGAAUGAAGCGCUAGCGAUUCACCUGAAAACGAAACAUUUGUCCGAAGACAAAAUAUUCAAAUGCAAGAAUUGCAAUUCCGUUUUCAAAGGGCAAGAGAAGUUUGACAGCCACAAAGAGUAUUGUCAAUAUUUGCCCAAUACAAAAGUUUUGCCGCGCUGUGUUUUAUGCGCGAAGGAUUUCAGCACAAAAGAAACUUUGAAGCGGCACGUGAAGAAUUUUCACACGGAAUUCGACGCCGACGACCUAGCCAAUUAUGGUUUGGAAAAUGGAGUUUUAACAGUGGAUUGUGAGAAUUGCGUCAGGAAUCUCCAAGACGAGUUUCACUACGAAAUUUACCAACGUUACAAGGAUAAUAAAGACGCGUUUAUUUUUAAAUGUGAGAUGUGUAAGUGUUCUUUCAACUCGUUAGAUUAUUUGGUGCACAGAUACAAGUUGCAUUUUGAAAGUUCACAAGGCAAGAUGAUUCUCAGUGAGCUUUGCACGACUCAGAUGAGUGAUGAUGAUGAAUUUGGAGGUUUCGGAUCAUUGCACGAUCAUAUGGAAGCGGAGAGCACGACUGAUAAUUUAGAUUUAGAUGUUGUAAAAAGCGAACCUGUGUCUCCUUAGAUUUUGAUUCUAAGCGGUUUAGACAGAGCCAACGGUCUUGCAAACGGUCGAAAAGGCGAUUAGGGCAAGGGUUUAGAAGUAAAAAGCGAACCUAUGCCUUUUUAGAUACAUACAUAAAUAUAAUCACGUCUAUAUUCAAAGCGGGUUAGACAGAGCCAACGGUAUUAAAAAGACUCGGUGGUCGUAAAACGCGAUUAGGGGAAAGGCUUAUAAACUUGGGAUUCUUUAUUUAGCUAAUUGGCUUGAAACUUGCCACUAUUUGAAUCUCAAUUCAAUGCGGCUAUUCCUUUUCGAGAUUGUUGGCUGUGCCUACCCCGUGAGGGAUAAAGACGUGAUUAUAUUUAUAAUUGUAUGUUUAUGUCGGUAAUUUUUUUUUUCUGUUUGUACUUAGUUAUUAGGUUAAAAUUAUAUUUAAUCGUGCAUAAACAUAAUUGUAACAUGAUUCAUACAUAUAUAGAAAGAUAUUGUAAAUCUAAAUCUGAAUAAAAUACUCUGAAAUCAUU